AUGAAUGCUGAAGAAUUUCGCCAAAAUGUUGAAGAUGGGCAGACUCCAAUCACCUCCCAUGAUGACGUCUUGCGAAUUGCAUUCAUCUACUCAUACGAUCCCUUCAACAAAGAUGGAGUAUUCGAUGAUGUUGAGAAACUACAUAAACGCGGAUGGUCAUUUGGCCAUGGAGACAUGAAGUUCAAUCGCACCCUCGACGUCUUUUACCUAGCCCAAAUAGCAGCUGCCAUCUGGCGCUACUCCGACCAAGCCGACGGCGAAUUUCCGCAACCAGACGAUUUCGACGCAUUCUACGCCCAGCAACACGAGUUACUCAACCAGGACGCAUGGAGACAAUACUACUCGCCGGACUUCAUUGCCCAGCCAACAUCCGCUCGUUUCUAUCGCCUCCCCAACUUGCAGGACUUGCCAGACUCAAGUGGUGAGCUCGGAAAACCACGAAAAAAAGGAGUCGGCCACUUCACCAAACUCCCCCGUUGGGCAUACAACGUCACAAGGACGCACUGGAGACAGCCAACCUUAUCCGUCACAACCAUCAGCAAGAUAGCCUUGUCCACCCUCCAGCAGACAAUUUUACAGCUGCAAAAGGAUUGCUCAACAACGCAAUUUCAAAUUCAACCCUACUCCAAGACUCAAGCAUGUUUCUGGCUCAAAUACAUGGAUAUGGAUUCUUCCCUGGACCCAGUUCCCAUGCAUGUGCAGAAAUGGAACAUUAACGCACCCUACGACUUUGGCGUGAAUGUUGCCUUGGGACUGUACGACAUGUGGGCAUGGGAAGCGCACUACUCGCCAGAGCUAUGGGCCUCCAUGUCAUCCGCAAAUGAGCCGCUGCUUCUCGAACCGGACUUGGAUGGCACGGGCAAGAGCGAGGUUUCCGGGUGUGGAUGGCCCGAAAGUGCUGGGGUAGUGGCAGAAGCAUGGCGGAGUGGAUGGGAGCCAGAGGUCGGGAGUGAAGAAGAGAUUGCCUUCUUGGCUGCUGUGGCCUUGAAAGAGGCGGAGGGCCUUGUCGAUAUGAGCAGCAACCUAGACUACGCAGUACGAUCGCACAUGCUGUUGGGGGUGAUGCGUGCUGCGUUUGUGGCUGAUAGGGAUGACCAAGUCGAGAAUCUGAAGAAGUCGAUGGUACAGGCGGGCAGGCUUGAUGAUGAUACCACGGCCGAGCAGUGGAUCCGACAAGCUCUGAUAGUCAUGGAGCCAUAUGCACGCAAGCUACAUGGACUAUGGCCAGAUGCUGAAGACGAUCGGACUAGACUGUUCCGGAAUAUCUUGGAGGAAAAUGGACAGCUUUUUGCAAGAUGGCAGUUUUCACCCCGGCUCAAAGAGUUCGCUUUUAAGCUAAAGCCAAGGCAAAUAACAUGA